UGACGUCACAGAGUGUUACGUUUCCAGUGGAAAAUACUGUCGAUAUACACACAAACCCCAACUCAAUUAGCCCAUAGUUCACUCGUCGAUGUGGCGGGCUUUGGCACAAACGGCAUUGAGAGCGGUAGCCAUCGAUUGCAGGUCACCAGGAGCCGUAUUGUCAACUCUACCACUGACGCAUCCGCAAUUGCGACAUUCCAAGGCUAGCCAAAAGUUCAUAACCACCACCCCCGGUAAUCAAACGCAACCACCUUACAAAAUCGGAAUCAUGAGCGUAGAGAAGCCAAAGGUUGUCUUCGUUUUGGGAGGCCCAGGUGCCGGAAAGGGAACUCAGUGCUCAAAAAUAGUAGAUCGCUUCCAGUUUACUCAUCUCUCGGCUGGAGAUCUUUUGCGUGAGGAGCGUUCGCGGGAGGGUUCCGAAUUCGGUAACCUCAUCGAAGAUUACAUUCGUAAUGGCAAAAUUGUGCCCGUGGAGGUCACGUGUUCGCUGCUGGAGAACGCCAUGAAGGCCUCAGGAAAGUCGCGAUUCCUCAUCGAUGGCUUUCCACGUAAUCAGGAUAACUUGGACGGUUGGAACCGCCAAAUGUCCGAAAAGGUGGACUUCCAGUUCGUUUUGUUCUUCGACUGCAGCGAGGAUGUGUGCGUGCAGCGAUGUCUUGGCCGUGGACAGAGUGGUUCCGGGCGGACGGACGACAACAUGGACAGUCUCAAGAAGCGAAUUUCAACCUACAACAAUGACUCGCUGCCCAUCAUCAAGUUUUUCGAGGGCGCCGGUCAGGUGAAACGAAUCGAUGCCAGUCCGGAUGCCGAGCAGGUGUUCGGAGAAGUGGAACGGAUAUUCCUUGCCGGCGGUUUCUAGAUUUCAUGCUCAUAUUCCGAUUCUGUGUGUAGUGCUAUCUUUAUUCCUCAUCUGUACUCCUCCACAAAUAUAGGCUUGUUACUAGUAAUGGAAAAGGUUAAUUUUCUUCACCCAGAUAAGAUACAUAAAGUAUACCCAAUUAAGGAAAGAGGUACACAUAUUUUUCAGUAUCUUGUAAAGGACACUUAGCAAAUUCUGAAGUCUAUGCAGGAAUAAUAAUAUUUUGUAAUUUAUUUAAGAAAAUUGAUUGAUUUUGUGGUUUUUCAAAAUAAGAAAAUAUAAAAAGCAAUAAACAGAAUCUAUU